UGCUGCUUUGCUAUCCGGUGCCUUGCCAAUAAAAUUUAGGAGAAAAAAAAACGAAACACCGAUUUAAAUUUCGCCUAAUGCUGACUUGUUGUUUUUGUGGAAGUAUUUAAGAAGUUUUUGAUUGCGGCCCCUAAUGAAAUUGAAUUAGAUCUAAUUCUUUGUUUGCUACGCAUGAUUCGUGUCGUUUAAAAACUAUGACUGCCAUCCUGGGUGCCGGUAUUAGUGGCCUAUCGGCUGGAUUCUAUCUGCUUCGAAACGGUGCCGGUGCGGCACCGGUUAUUUACGAAGCCACUAAUCGACUGGGCGGGUGGAUACGCACCGAACGUUCCGCCGAGGAAGGCUAUGUAUUCGAAGCGGGGCCCAGAACUAUUCGACCGAAAGGACCAGCUGCCGUUAAUACUUUGGAACUCAUCGAAGAAAUAGGGCUGGCAGAUCACGUGCACCCGAUUAUCUCGAACCACGUGGCAGCAAAGAAUAGAAUGAUCUAUGCAAAAGGUCGGCUAAAUAUGUUACCAUCGGAUUUGAGCGGUGUGCUUAAGACGGUGCCACCCUUUACAAAACCUUUGUACAUGGCAGGUUUCCGAGAUUUAUUCGCUAGACGUUCGAAGCAGCAGCUCGAGGAUGAAUCAAUGUACAGUUUCGUCGAUCGGCGAUUCGGUAGAGAGAUAGCUGAUUAUGCGGUGAGCUCAAUGCUCUGCGGAAUUUGCGCUGGCGAUGCCAAGCAGAUCAGCGUAAACUUCCUGAUGAAAAGUUUAUUUGAAGUCGAACAGAAACAUGGAGGUGUGAUUAAAGGUUUUCUGAAGGAAACGAUGGCCAAAAGACAAACUAACCAGAAAACGAAAGAUCCUUUAGCGGGCUUAGCCAAAAAGGCAAAAUCCGAAAAAUGGAGUAUCUAUUCUAUUCAAGGUGGAUUACAAGCACUACCUGAUCGCCUAGGAAGGGUUUUGCUUGAAAACAAAUGUAAUAUCCUCACUGAACGCAUCUGUCAGAAGAUUCGUUUUGAUAAAAAUAACGUGCAAUUGACAUUUCAUGAUCAAACAACAGUUAGCGCAAACCAGCUUAUAAGCAGCAUUCCGAGCUACAUCCUUGCUGAAAAACUGCAUGAGCAACAUCCGGAACUAUCUAAAAUGUUGAGCUCUAUCCCUUUCGUUGACGUUGCCGUCAUCAACCUUCGUUACAAAUCGGACAACCUCUUACCGGAGCAGGCCUUUGGUUUUCUGGUACCACCCAUUGAGAACCUUCCAAUUCUUGGAGUCAUCUUUGAUAGCUGCUGUUUUGACAUGGAAGGCAACACGGUUCUCACCGCCAUGAUGGGGGGUGCCUGGUUCGAGAAAUGGUUCGGAUCUAAUCCCAGCGAGGAACAGCUAUUACAGGUUGCUACCGAACAGAUUGGCAAUAUUCUAAACAUUCGGCAAGCGCCCGACUCGUACAAGGUGAAUCUUUUACGCAAAUGUAUUCCUCAGUACGUGGUGGGACAUCAAAAGCGAGUGACGCAAAUCCGAGAUUACAUAGCGGACCAUAAACUUCCCUUGGGGCUGUGUGGUGCCUCGUAUGAUGGUGUUGGGGUAAACGACGUUAUUCUUUCGGCGAGAAAGUGCGUUGAUCGACUGUUAAAUAAUGAUAAACUGUUAUAAUAUUUAUAUGCUUUGAAC